AGCCCCGCCCCGCCCCGUCACGUGACGCGGGGCCGGCGGCCAUUGCUCCGCGGCCUGGCGCUGGGCAGUUCUCCGGGCUUGGGUGACCUAAUGCGGGGUUAAGCCGCCCUGCUGCGGGACAGCGGAGAGAAAGGAAAGACAGUCGGGCCUAGGACGGAGAGCGUCCCUGACUGGGGCCGCCUAGGUCCCCGGUGGCAGGCUCGGGGGCCCGCCGCGGUGUUGCUAGGCGACCGCGUCGGGCUCGGAGCGGCUGGCCGGGCUGGGAGCCUGGGCGCCCAUGGACCAGUACUGCAUCCUGGGCCGCAUCGGCGAGGGCGCCCAUGGCAUCGUCUUCAAGGCCAAGCACGUGGAGACUGGCGAGAUCGUCGCCCUCAAGAAGGUGGCGCUGCGUCGGCUGGAGGAUGGCAUCCCCAACCAGGCGCUGCGGGAGAUCAAGGCUCUGCAGGAGAUCGAGGACAAUCAGUAUAGGGGGUUUACAGGAUGCCUGCCCACAGGUGGUGCAGCUGAAGGCCGUGUUCCCGCAUGGUGCAGGCUUCGUGCUGGCCUUUGAGUUCAUGCUGUCGGAUCUGGCCGAGGUGGUGCGCCAUGCCCAGAGGCCGCUGGCCCCCGCACAAGUCAAGAGCUAUCUGCAGAUGCUGCUCAAGGGCGUCGCCUUCUGCCAUGCCAACAACAUCGUGCAUCGGGACCUGAAACCUGCUAACCUGCUCAUCAGUGCCUCAGGCCAGCUCAAGAUUGCGGACUUUGGGCUGGCCCGGGUCUUUUCUCCAGAUGGCAGCCGCCUCUACACACACCAGGUGGCCACCAGGUGGUACCGAGCACCGGAGCUCCUGUAUGGUGCCCGCCAGUAUGAUCAGGGUGUUGACCUGUGGGUUGAGGUUCUUGAUUGGGAGUCUGCACCUGUGGACAUGAAGCCCUGGUGUGCAGUGCUGGAGCUGGUCUGGAGGUCUGUCCCAUGGCGUGAGAUCUGCUCGGUGUUCUGUAUCCGCAGGGCUGUAGGCUGCAUCAUGGGGGAGCUGUUGAACGGGUCCCCUCUCUUCCCGGGUGAGAACGACAUUGAACAGCUUUGCUGCGUGCUUCGCAUCUUGGGCACCCCCAGCCCUCAAGUCUGGCCGGAGAUUACGGAGCUGCCCGACUACAACAAGAUCUCCUUCAAGGAGCAGGCACCUGUGCCCCUGGAGGAGGUGCUGCCGGAUGCGUCUCCUCAGGCCUUGGACCUGCUGGGUCAGUUCCUGCUGUACCCGCCUCGCCAGCGCAUCCCGGCCUCCCAGGCCCUCCUGCAUCAAUACUUCUUCACAGCUCCCCUGCCUGCCCACCCAUCUGAGCUGCCCAUUCCCCAGCGCCCAGGAGGACCUGCCCCAAAGGCCCACCCAGGGCCUCCUCAUGUCCAUGAGUUCCACGUGGACCAGCCUCUUGAGGAGUCACUGCUGAACCCAGAGGUGAUCCGGCCCUUCAUCCCAGAAGGGUAAGAUGCUGGCCCAGGUCCUACUCACCUGCCUCCAAGGAUCACGCAGGCUGUUUGUCCUCAGCUUCCUGCCAGACAGCCUUCCAAGGACUCUCGCAGCCACACUGGGCCGCUCUCGUCAUGUGCUGCUUCUUAGCCUUGUAAGGUUUGGUCUCAAAGAGGCCAUGCUCCUGGCCAAGGCGAUGAGGAUGUCCAGCUCAGCCGAGGAGACCUGUGGCCCCUGCUCUGUGGCCCUCACAUCUGCGUGCUGCCGACUUCAGCAACACAAACAGCGAGCUGCACCUGCUGUCCAGGACUACCACAUAGAGUGGCGACACCUGCCUGGGUGCAGGUGCCCAGGGCACUGCCUCCUGAUCAAGAAUCAUCCAGGGAAAGAAAAGAAAUGUCCUCAUCCUGAAAACUCAAGUGGGAUGAAGUUUGGGUUUGGCUUUGUUCUCAGGACAUUAAACAUCCUAGUUCAGUAUUUGGGAUUUAUUAUGAAAGCCUUAAGCGGCUCUGGCUCUGUCUGUGUCUGCUCCUAUCAAGGGAAAUGGCAUCGUUUAAUGGCCCUUGUUUUCUGGGGGAUCACUGGGAAGUAACUGACCAUAGUUACUUCUUCCCUGAGGGCUUCCUGUGGGCAGCACUUGUCUGAGUGUUUAUUUGCACGUGAGGUGGACAGAAGUUCAAGCCCAGGAUGGGCAAGUGGGGGAUGCAGCCACAGCCACCUGCAUCUCCCUUGGGGUGAGGCUGAGCCAAAUGCAGCUAUGCAAAUGAAGAAACUGGCAUUCCUGGAAUUUACUUACUCAGCAAAUCCCAAUACAAUAUGUGCUACCUCUGUUUUUUUCUUAUUUCAUAAUUAUUUGAUAAGAUGAUUCUAAAAAAAUAAAUGGAGGGACUGGCGCUGUGGUGUAGUGGGCUAAGCCUCCACCUGCAGUGCUGCCAUCA